AUGACCCCUACCCAUUUCGCCUUCUCAUCAGCUUUUAUUCUUGGACUAACUGGGCUAGCAUUCCACCGAUCCCAUCUGCUCUCCGCCCUCAUUUGCCUAGAAGCAAUAAUAGUCUCGUUAUUCAUUGCCCUCUCUCUUUGAACAAUACAGCUAAACUCUACUAACUUCUCCGCCUCCCCCCUCCUUCUACUAGCAUUCUCAGCCUGCGAAGCAAGCAUAGGCUUGCCCUCCCUGGUCGCCACAGCCCGAACCCACGGCUCCGACCAGAUCCGAAACUUAAACCUGUUACAAUGCUAA